AUGUUCCGACAAUCACUUCGACUGGCACGGAAGAAGAACUUUGGAGCACGGCAACUAUCUGUGCCGCCGACUCCUAUAACCUUACUUCGUCCGUAUUCUAACAAUCAGACGACUCAAGACAAUAGUUCCCCGAAUGACCCAGCACAGACUCUCACCCAAGUAGACAGCAUCUCGUCGGUGAUAAAACAGGACCACCGGCAGAUUGAGAAAUAUCACCACAAGAUUCUCAAUUCGAAGGAUCAUGAUACUCAGCGGCGAUACCAAAAUGCCUUUGUGUGGGAGCUGACGAGGCACGCAAUAGCCGAAGAGCUAGUUGUAUAUCCUUCAAUGGAAACAGGCCUCAACAACGGUAAAGAGAUAGCUGAUAAAGAUCGAGAAGAGCAUCAAAUCGCUAAAGAGCAGCUCUACAAGUUCCAGAACAUGACCCCCGACGAUAGUGAUUUUAUCCCAACUCUCGAGUCGCUGAUGACUGAUCUCAAAAUUCAUAUCCAACAAGAGGAAGAACAUGAUCUCGUCAAAUUGGAAGAGGCACUACGGCCGACAAGGUCGAGAGACCUUGCCCAGCAAUUCGAGAUGACGAAAGUAUUCACACCAACACGUAGUCACCCGAGUGCGCCGAAUAAGCCGCCAUACGAGACUGCUGCUGGCCUCAUGACAGCGCCACUAGACAAGCUUGGCGAUAUGUUUCGCGCAUGGCCAGACGAGCCCGGGCCGAAACCAGCUUCUGGCGGAGCUGGGAGAUGA